AUGAUAAAAGGUAGUAAUGCAGUCUUGUUUAGCACACCAAAUGCGUACAGCUACCACAGCAUCAGUAGAUACGGCAUUACCUGCGCCGGGAAAGAUUACGUCACUUUCCGAGUGCGAGCCUGUAACGACGCUCACGUGGCUUUGAUGACGUAUGAUCGUGACAGUGGUCCGCUGUAUGAGAUUGUCAUCGGUGGAUGGGGGAAUGGAAAAUGUUGCAUGCGGAAGGGCAAACAGGGACACUGUUACAGGCAAUACUCAGGCCGAGUACUCAGCUGCAGCGGCUACAAUUACUUCUGGGUUGGAUGGGGCGGAUCAAGGAUCAGGCUAGGAAAAGGCACAACCUAUGGAUCCAGCACCCUUCUGGACUUUUCUGACUCCUCUAUUAAGGUCAACUAUAUCGCCGUGAGCACGGGUUGGGGUUCCACUGGUUCCUGGGAGUUUUCAAAUCCUCCAGUUCAUGGUGGGUGGUCGAAUUGGUCGGGGUAUGGAUCCUGUACGAGAUCUUGUGGAUCAGGAACUAGGUCUAGAAGCCGCAGCUGUACUAAUCCCAGACCCUCAAACGGUGGAAACAAUUGUGCCGGAUCAUCGACAUCGUCACAAAGCUGCAACACACACAGCUGCGCAAUCCAUGGCGGGUGGUCGUCUUGGUCCGGAUAUGGAUCAUGCACUCGAUCAUGUGGUUCCGGUACGCGGUCUCGAAGUCGAAGUUGCACAAAUCCCGCCCCCGCCCACGGCGGAAACACGUGUUCCGGAUCAUCUACUUCCUCUCAGAGCUGUAACAGUCACCACUGUCCGGUUCACGGCGGGUGGUCCGCUUGGUCAGGUUACGGAAGCUGUUCCAAGACCUGUGGAACCGGAAAACAGUCACGAAGUCGUUCUUGUACAAACCCAGCUCCUGCUUACAAUGGAAACUCGUGUUCUGGAUCUUCCAGCAGUUCUCGUUACUGCAACACACACAACUGUCCAAUUGAUGGCGGAUGGUCAGCGUGGUCAAGCUAUGGUACCUGUUCUAAGACGUGUGGAAGUGGGACACAGUCCAGAAGUCGCACCUGUACAAAUCCUACCCCUCAGUACCUAGGGAAAUCCUGCUCAGGGUCAACCUCCAGUUCCAGAAACUGCAACACGCACAAUUGUCCAAUCGAUGGGAACUGGGCAGCCUGGGCGUCUUAUGGUGCAUGCACGGUCACGUGUGGAGGUGGUAUUCAGACCAGGACUCGCUCCUGCUCAAACCCAGCCCCCAUGUACCUGGGUAAAGCGUGUGCAGGGAUGUCUUCUUCAUCUCAGACUUGUAACACCCACAACUGUCCAAUUGAUGGUCAAUGGGCAAGUUGGGGAAGUUGGGGUUCCUGUUCUGUGACGUGCGGCGGAGGUUCCCAGUCUCGAAAGCGCACGUGCACAAACCCUGCUCCUCAAUAUAAUGGGAAAAGUUGUCCAAACUCCGACACGUCGACCCAGUCCUGUAAUACACAGCCGUGUCCAAUUGAUGGACGCUUCAGCAGUUGGGGUAGUUGGGGAAGUUGUACAGUGACGUGUGGAGGCGGGACACAGGAGAGACAGCGCACCUGUACCAAUCCCGCUCCCCAGCACGGUGGCGGCCUCUGCAGUGGACCCACCACUAGCAACCAGAAUUGUAACACACAAGUGUGCAUAAUUGAUGGCGCUUGGAGUUCCUGGUCUGGUUAUGGGUCAUGUUCUGUGUCGUGUGGAGGAGGCAAGCAAUCCCGAUCCCGAUUUUGUACGAAUCCCAAACCCGUUAAUGGAGGAAAGAACUGUCCCGGAAGUGCCAGUGAGUUGACAGACUGUAAUUCCCACGACUGUCCUACGGUAGCUGCGGGGACAUAUCAACAACUUUGCCCAUCGGGGUGGUUCACAUGCCAGUCGGGAGGACUCACGUGCAUAGACAAAACUUUCCAAUGCGAUUGCGCAAAGGAUUGUGACGACGGAAGUGACGAGGACGUAACAUAUGCAGGUUGCCAGACAACACAAAUGAUGGAAUGUGAGAACGCUGGAGGGCAUUCCCGUUUCUCCUGUCUCGUUGUAGUCUUUGCCUUGUUGAUUUCCAUGCUGGUGCAGUUGUCAAUGUGA